ACCAGACCACCUCCUUGGCCUCUACUGCACAACGCGCCAUUAGCGGCGAGCUCAGACACCACAGCGAUCGCAAAUGGCUCAGAUGCUACCCGCCAUGACCAUGCUGGAUGCCGCCUCCGCCAUUAUGCCGAAGCAGCCCAUCUGCGUGGAGGCGCCGGCGUCGGGCAUCACGGUCCUGUCGAGGCAGCCCGUGCGCCCGGACGGCCCGCCGUCGGCGAUCGGGGACCUCACGCUGUCCGUCUCCGACCUGCCCAUGCUGUCCUGCCACUACAUCCAGAAGGGCCUCUUCUUCCCCGCUCCCGACGUGCCCAUGGCUUCACUCGUCUCCCUCCUCGUGUCGACGCUCUCCCGCGCGCUCGCCAUCUUCCCGGCCCUCGCCGGCCGCCUCGUCACUCUCCCCGACGACCGGGUCGUCAUCCGCUGCAACGACGCCGGCGUCGAGUUCUAUCACGCCGUGGCGCCGGCCCUGUCGCUGGACGACUUCCUCAUGCCUAACGCCGACGUGCCCACCAAGCUCACCAAGGACCUGUUCCCCAUGGACCGCACCGUGAGCUACGACGGGCACCGCCGCCCCCUCACGUCGUUCCAGCUCACCGUGCUCGGGGACGGCGCCGUCUUCAUCGGCGUCGUGGCCAACCACGCCGUCGUGGACGGCACCUCUUUCUGGCACUUCUACAACACCUGGGCCGGCCUUUGCCGCGGCGCGUCGCCCAUGCUGCCGGACUUCCGCCGCAACUUCUUUGGCGAGUCAACGGCCGUCCUCCGUUUCGCCGGAGGCGUGGGCCCCGCGGUGACCUUUGACCCGGACGCGCCCGUCCGCGAGCGAAUCUUUCACUUUAGCGGCGAUGCGAUCCGCGAGCUGAAGGCGAUGGCCAACCGUCGCUCCUCGAGCGCCGGUCAAGAUGCCGAGGUCUACGGAAAGAUGGCGCAUGACCCGAAGAACCCUCAGCUGGUGCGCGGCGAGAUCUCCUCGUUCCAGUCGCUGUGCGCGCAGAUAUGGAUCUCCACAACGCGCGCGCGGAAGCGGCUCGCGGCCGACGCGACGACGACGCUACGCCUGGCGGUGAACUGCCGGCACCGGCUGCGCCCGGCGGUCUCCACGGCAUACUUCGGCAACGCCAUCCAGAGCGCCCCGACGACGGCGACGGUGGCCGAGCUGGCGUCCAACGACCUGCGGUGGGCGGCGUCCAAGCUGAACGCGAGCCUCGCGGCUUACGGCGACGACGCGAUCCGCGGAGUCGCGGCGGCGUGGCAGGCGGCGCCCCGGUGCUUCCCGCUGGGCAACCCCGACGGCGCCGUGGUCACCAUGGGGAGCUCGAACAGGUUCCCGAUGUACGAAGGUAACGACUUCGGGUGGGGCCGCCCGCUGGCGGUGCGCAGCGGCCGUGCAAACAAGUUCGACGGCAAGAUGUCGGCGUUCCCUGGCCGCGCCGGCGACGGCAGCGUGGACAUCGAGGUGUGCCUCGCCCCGGACACGAUGGCUGCGCUGCUGCGCGACGAAGAGUUCAUGCAGUACGUGUCGUGCCCGUCGCAUCUAUUGUGAUGGAUGUACUCUACUAGCCGGGCUGCGACCAACCAUGCGUGCGUGCGCAAGUGGGGACUCCGUGGCAUGUCGUCAAGCUGCAGGCCUGCCUGGUUACUGUGCACCCAGUAGCUUGCCUGCCUCAUAGUACUUGGAUUGACUAGUUUAGGUAGUAAAGCCCGGCUUGCCUGCUAAGGGACAUGAAAUUGUGCAACUGGUAACUGGAAAUAAUGUUAUGACGUGUUUGAUUGCA